AUGACUUGCCUUGAAUGGGGCUUCAACACCACGGGCGUUUCCGUCGUGCAAGCAUAUGCUGAAAGGGUCAACGGAAAGACUAUUCUCAUCACUGGCCCGAGCCCUGGCGGCAUCGGGGCCAAGAUUGCUUCCGACCUUUGCGAGGGUGCUUCACCAGCACGUAUCAUCUUAGCAGGGCGCAGCCUUUCCAAGAUUGAGCCUCUCGCGGCUGAACUGCGCCGGUUGCAGCCCUCGCUCGACCUUGGCUCGCUCGCCUCUGUUCGCCAGGCAGCCAAAGAAGUUGCCCAGAUAUCCGAUCGCCUCGAUUACCUUUUCAACAAUGCCGGCAUCAUGGCCACGAAAGACUUUGCCAAGACCGUCGAUGGUGUCGAGGUCCAGUUUGCCGUCAACCACGUUGGCCACUUUCUCUUCACGGGGCUCUUGCUGCCACUCAUCAAGAAGGCGGCCGCGACCGCUGCGGCAGCGGGUGACCUCACGCUCCCGGUGCGUAUCAUCAAUCUCUCGAGCAACGGGUACAUUUUCGAGGGGAUCCGCACUGAUUACAACUUCCAGGAAGGGAAGGAGUACGACCCGUGGCGCGGUUACGGCCAGGCCAAAUCGGCCAACAUCAUCUUUGCCCGCUCUCUCGCCAGCAAGCUUCGCCACCUGAACGCGACUUCCUUCUCCGUCACCCCCGGUCUUGUCCUCGAGACGAACCUGCAGGACACUGUCGACCGAGACGAAGGCAGAGACAAGCCGCCGUUCGAGGAAAAGAAGCCUCUGGCCUGUGGCUCCUCGACACCUCUGAGGGCGGCCUUGGAUCCAUCUCUGGCAAGUACCCCUGGCGAGUACCUAAUGGACUGUCAGAUUGUGCCAGAUACUGCUAAGCUGGAUCACAUUGUUGGUGAUCAAGUCACCGACAAGCUCUGGACGCUCAGCGAGGAAAUUGUCAAGCAAAAGGUCGUGGUCUGA